AAAAACCUGUUGCUAGUAACAUGGACAUGGCUACAGCCAGAAAAUUGUGGAUUCAUUGCAAUUCAUGUUUUGUACAUUUCAUUGACAAGAAAAACAUACUAUUUUUGCUGGCCUGCCAGCACGUAAUUUGCGAGAAGUGCGUCACAGCAAAUUUGGGACGCACUCCAAGCGACGCACCUACAUAUACGUGCCCAAUGUGCAAGAAGCAGGUGCGGGGACGUCAGGUGAACAACUCUUUGCCGACAAAUCUCAAAGAUAUGUUUCAUCCGGAGCCAUGGAUCGACGGAUUGGCGCACGAUUUUAUAACCUCGUUUCAGAAGGCGCACUUUAAGAGUUUGGAUAUGCAUAUUGCUCGAAAGGAAAGAGCAACAAAUAAAUUGGAUAAAGAUUUAGAGUUGGCUGAGAAAAUCUGUCGCAAGCAUUAUUUGGAAAAUCAUCGUCUACGCAUGGAGCGUAAGCAACUGGAAUUUCAACUGCAAAAAGUGCGUCACCAGGCUCAUUUGCGAAAGAGGGAGGCGCUGCGUCGUAAAAUGCGGCAAAGAACUGAGUCGCAUAAUCCGAUUAAAGAAAGAAACGCUAACCAACAUCAGCACCAACAAAUAAGGAAGCGUCCGGCGUCGGUGAAUCUACCAAAAUCAACAAUUACCAGUUUUCUACAUAAUAAUAAUCAUUCGUUUGAUUUGUAAUCAAUAGUAAAUAAAGCAUUUCAGUGAGAUGUGUG